AUGGAGGAGAAGUUCAAUAGACUCAUCUUCAUUCCCAUUGCGGCGGUGCUCUUCUUAAUGAUCGGCUACCAGUAUGUGUGCCCGGCGGACAGCAACACCUGCCACUUCAGAAGUGACGACAAAGGGCUUUUCCAGCGGUAUUCAUCGGGGUUUGAGUUGCUUUACACCGAGCCGGAGGCGGACGAGGACCUUCCCUCCAAAAUCACGUCCAAAUUUAACUUCACGGAGCGGGACCUGGACAGGCACGUCGACUUCAACAUCCGAGGAGAUGAUGUGAUGGUGUUCCUCCAUAUUCAGAAGACCGGCGGGACGACGUUUGGGCGCCACCUGGUCAAGAAUAUCGAGCUGGAGCAGCCGUGCGACUGCAUGGCCGGCCAGAGGAAAUGCACCUGUCACCGGCCAGGUAAAGCCGAGUCGUGGCUCUUCUCGCGCUUCUCCACGGGCUGGAGUUGCGGCUUGCACGCGGACUGGACCGAGCUCACGAGCUGUGUUCCCGUAGUGAUGAACAAGAGGGACAAGAAGAGCGCCCCGAAGAGCAAAAGGAAUUUCUACUACAUCACCAUGCUACGCGACCCUGUGUCACGCUACCUCAGUGAGUGGAAGCAUGUGCAGCGUGGGGCCACUUGGAAAACCGCCCUCCACAUGUGUGACGGCCGCCCGCCUACUCAGGACGAGCUCCCCGCCUGCUACAGCGGUGAAGACUGGACAGGCGUGCCCCUGGCAGACUUCAUGAGCUGCCCUUCUAACCUCGCCAACAACCGCCAGGUCCGCAUGCUGGCCGACCUCAGCCUGGUGGGCUGCUACAACAUGUCCUCCGUUAGCGAGCUGGAGCGAGGCCACGUGCUGCUCGCCAGCGCCAAGGCCAACCUGCGCAACAUGGCCUUCUACGGCCUGACGGAGUUCCAGCGCAAGACGCAGUACCUGUUCGAGCGGACGUUCGGCCUGCGCUUCAUCCGGGCCUUCACGCAGAUCAACAGCACGCGCGCCGCCAGCGUGGGAAUCAGCGAGAAGGUGCGGUGGCGCAUCGAGGGGCUGAACGCCCUCGACGUGGAGCUGUACGAGUACGCCAAGGAGCUGUUCCUGCGGCGCUACCAGUACAACCGCCAGAAGCAGCACCAGGAGGAGCGUUUGAGGAGGUGGCAGGAGAGGCAGCAGAGGCAGCGGCUGCACAGGACCUAUCUGGCUCAGCUGUGGAGACUAGGAGGAGGAGGAGGGGAGGAGGAAGAGGAGGAGGUGAAGGUGCUAGAGGAGGUUGCCACGACAGAGGACUACAGCAGCCAGGUGGUGCGGUGGUGA